UCUGCUCUGAAACUGUGAACGCAGCGCAUCAGAUCUCCAGUAAUGCGAUUCCCAAGCAGCUUUCUAAACUCCAGAAGAGCGCUGCUUAACCCGGAGGAACUUCUCCAACUCAACGGCCGCUCCUAAUCUUCACUCCUCACUUGAUGACAAUUGCUUUGGGAUUGCGCCUCUCCACUGUGCGUCUUUUGAUUUUUGGAAAGUUUGAUUAUUUCUUGUAUGCCAAAGUAGAGAUGAAUAACACAGGGUUCAACCAGACAGAGGGCGGGCUGUUCAACAAGACGGAGGAGUUUUUCUGCUGCAACUUCUCCUCCGUGGUGACUGAUAACGGCAUUGUGGCCGCGGCCCCGGACGAGAGGAGCCUCUUCAUCAUGAGGGUUGUCCAGAUAGCCGUCAUGUGCGUCCUGUCCCUCACCGUGGUGUUUGGCAUAUUCUUCCUGGGCUGCAACCUCCUCAUAAAGUCCGAGGGGAUGAUAAACUUUCUGGUGACGGACAGGAGACCUUCUAAAGAAGCGGAGGCGGUGAUUGUUGGAGCCUACUGAUGGGUGAUGGAUGAGGACAGUCUAGGUGUUGAAAACAGAUGGAGAGGGCGCGACGAUCAACAGCCCGAACACCAGGCCCUGUUUUUAUGUUUGUACAGUUUAUAAAAACCUGAAAGAGCCCCCUGUAGGAGGACCCUGAUGGGCAGCUGCUCAUCUGUAUUCAUGUGGCCUUUAAUGCAAACAGUCUCAAAGAGGUAAAGUGCGCUGGGAUCUUCUUUAGUUAGGUGUUCGAUCACGCACUGAUCUAAUUUAAUAGUUGUAAAGCAUCAGUCAAAGGCAAAGGUUUUGUAUUUUCAGCUUUGCAAACGCAGUGGGGAAUUAAAUGUUGAAUGUUUUGCUCCAUUUGGCCUAAAAUAGGCAAUACUGUGUUCAAUAUAAUUCCUGGACAUAAAAAUGUACUAGCUCGCAAAAAUGAUAAAUGCCUAAAUAAAUUCCUUCUGUAAUUACGA